AAUCGUUAUCAAUUAUACUGUGCAAAGUCAUACAAUGACACCAACAAUGUACGCAACGGUAGAUAACAGAGAGCAGUAAGGUAACAGAUCCCUCAGCAGUCAUUGCAAUGGUGUGUCCAAUCUGUGUUUAUUUGUGAUUACACUGACGCCGACUGAAAAUGGCAGAAGGCAGGAUUGAUCGUACCAUGUCAGACACCGGAAGAUUGUCAAUACAUAACAGCAUGUACAGCAGUAACUCGCGGACUUCUUUCGAAGGUGUUUCCGUGGAAGUCAGCAAUAUAAUGACCAUGCUGGGAUACGGGGAAGAGAUCAGACGGAGGCGUGUUCAAAAGUACAGGGAACUUGAUAUGCGGUGGAACGAAAGAAUGGACCUUUUUACUAUUAUCACAGCUGGCAGCAAAGCCGAAGGGCUUACCAGCUGGGUAGAAAGCGAUUAUGACAUGUUAUAUGUGCCGAAAAGUACCCUCUGUGUGGAAGCUGGAGUUGAUCUACACUCCAUACCAGACUACAUGGAAGUAUACAGGAUGGAUACUGAUGUAUACCCAGGGCACUGCAGGAUGUUACUGGAGAGAACAUAUCCCCAAUCUUUGCUUAAAAGUGCUCUUUGUGAUGACGAAAAAGGGAACACUUUGUUAAGCAGCGCUUUAGUUCUUGAUACGUUAUGCAGCGCUUUAGUUCUUGAUAUGCUUUCAAAAAUGAAAUUUGAGAGAGUUCCACUUGAACGCGCGGGGCCUUCAUUACCGUUAUCAGUUGGACAAGAUUUAAAUUUCGACAUUGUGUUUGCAAUACGCUGUCAAUGUCCAGGCAUAAUGCAGAGAUGGACUGAACGACCCCGACAUUGGCCGCCACCGGAUGUCGUGCAGAAAGUCGUAUCGUUGGGAUCUUUAGUUACGCCGGUGGGUUUUAAAGGCAGUGCAAACAAAAACUUAGAGUGGAGAAUGUGCUUUAACAUGGGUGAAACGGAACUCGUAAGCAAUCUUAAUGGCCCUCAGGCAAAAUUGUAUGUAAUCCUUAAAAUGAUUGUAAAAGAAGUUCUGAAACCAACUAAUAAAGAAAUAACAUCCUAUGUGCUGAAAAAUAUAAUAUUUUGGCAAGCUGAAAGCAAUUCACCCGCUAUGUUUCAAGAAAGUAAUUUGAUUCACAUGUUACAUGACGCACUGGGAACACUCAGAACUGUCAUAUCCUCUACACAGCUGCCCUACUACAUGAUUCCGGAGCGUAAUCUGAUGGCAGCGUGUGGAUUGAAGGAUGAACAACAGCGUAAAUGGGUAGCAGAUAUCACGAACAUGAUGGCAGAAGGCCCGAAGGUAAUGCUGAGAUUGUCGAAGAUACGGAAUGCCAUUAUAUGCCACCAAGAGCCGCUGCUGUGGUUUAGCAGGAGAAAAAUAGAGCUGGAGAUGCUGAUGCUGGAGUAUAACAGAAUAAUGCCCCGUGAUUAUGAGCACAGGCAGUAUGAUAACGCAUAUAUCAUCGAGCAGGAGAUAAGGAGACACAUGAAUGAGCUACUGCGAGAGGUCCAUAUGCGGAUGUUAAUGGAAGGAGGUUAUGUAAAUGAUCCGAUGGACAUAUGGAGAAGAGUGUUGAUGUAAUCAUAAAUUGGGUUUAUAGUUUCAUUGAUUCACACAAGUAAAACAUAUAUUGUAUCUGUGUAUCAUCAUAAUGUGCUUCAGUGUAUGCUUAAUUGUAGUAUAUAGAAAACAAUCAGUAUGAUAGCCACUUCUUAAUAAGAUGUAAUAAGUUAUUCAGUAGGAGGCAUUAAAAUGUUUGUUCUCGGUGUGAUAAUCAUUAUAUGUAAAAAAUUAUUGUAAACGGGAUUAAAUGUAUACAGAAUACUUAUUGAAGCUCUUUCCUCAGGAUGAUAUUGCGAAUUAUUAUUAUAAUUAAACAAGAUUUCUCUUUUUUGCAAAAACGAACAAACAAACAAACAAACAUUUAUUCUCAAUUGAAUUGUUUCAGCUCGUUCAAAUAUCUUAUUCGCAAUAUGAGCUUCUUGUUUGUUGUUCAAUUGUGAAUAAAGAUUUCCUCCGAUGUACAAUUCACGUUGAAAUUGUUUAAUAAAUGACCUUUGAAAAUCAUAUAAUGCACGCUAAAAUUGCAUCAGUCUUUAUAUAUCAAAUCUCUUAAACUGAAAAGGUCCCAAUUAAUAAAUCGCCCAAGUACGAACAUUGCCUGAAAUAUUGUAACGUUGUUUAUUGAAAAUUGAUGUACACACUUUAUUAUUUAUGUUUAUACAGUUUAUAAUUUAAUGCAUAGUAUUUAUAGCAUUCCUGCGCUUACUUAUUAUUUCCCGAUGUUCUUGCUGGUACUUGCAGAAUAUUAGACAAAUAGGAAAUAUACAUUACAAAUAUGUACACUUUUAGUCCAACUGCACGCUUGUGACCGUAGACAUAAUUGAUACUACAUCAGAUCAUAUUAUAUGCGUCCUAAAGUGACGAAGUCGAAAAUUUAUCUUUAGUAAAUUCUGUUUUUAAGUGCAUGUGCAUUUGUUAUCAUUUUAUAAACGCAUUCAUCAGACCGUGUGUUAAUUAGGGACAAUGUCAGCCGGUUACACUGGUUAGUAUCUCACGUCUAAGGGAUAUAAUUGAAUAACCAGUAAGUUGAACUGUUCGUUUUUAUUUUCCUGUCAAGCUGAUUGCAAUGUACUAGCUUAACGUAUUUUUACUGACAUGUUCAUGGCUUUAUUAAACAACCGUCUGGUAUAACAAGCAAGCAAAAUUCAUCCGAAGUCAGCUGAGAAUAAAUAUAAGGGGUAAUUUAUUGGAAACAUUUAGGGUAAGGGCUUGACGCAUUUAUUUUAAUGUUUUUCGUCGGUCAUUGUCGUGCAUUUAAAAAACAAGCAUUUAAUCAAUUUCUUAUAAAGGGGAACGAACAUAAAAUUUAGUUAGAGCGGUAGCAUUUUUUUUGUUGAAUGACGCUACAUUCACAUGGCGUGUUAUGUAUUUAUUAUCAGCUUGUUUUCGCGAUUGAAAUAUAUUGUGCAUUUGUAUUUCGAAAGGACACGGUUUUCUUUCCACACUUUGAAAUAAAAAUUGUUUGUAUUAUAUUGGAUUUGUCAACUCCAAAUUUAAUCACGAUACUUUUCUAUAGAAAUAGAAGUCAGAUUGUGUUAUUAAGAGCAAAAGAACAAAUUUCGGUAGGCUCUCCUGGCUUUCAAAAUUUUAAAUAAUGUAGGUAAGAAACAUUGUAAUAUGGUUUCAUGUGUCCAAAAUCUGAUUUCAGUGCAAUUUCAACGAUUCGGGCUGGUAAACUCAAUUGGUAGAGCACUUCACUAAAAAAAUGCGGUUUCGAUCCCUCGACCGGCCACAUAAUGUGUUUGGGUAUUAGUCAUACAGGCAAUAUGGUUUGAGUUGCUUCCAUCAUUCAAUCCUAUUUACGGCUAGCAAUUGAACUGUAUACAUAAUGAAAACUGAUUUUAAGUUCAUAUUACAUUGGAAAUUUAUAUUGUUUUACGAUGUAUAGUCAUGUUAAGUACAUUGAUAAGCGUUGAAUGUCUCUUAUAAUUCAUUUUAUGAAUGGCCAAUGCUUUAUCUAUAGCUUUAUGUUUUAUAUGUAUGCAUUGUGAAAGUUGUAAAUAUUGGAUGAUACUAUAAUAAACUAUAAAACUAAAACUACAACGCUGUGUACGGCUAUUU